UCUCCCCUUCCUCCCAUACGGGCAUCCGAGGAAGCCCUGGAGAAGAGAGGGACGCUGCCUGGACGACUGCCAGCCGGGAGGAAGACCUGUUGCCUUUUGAGCGCCCUCCAAGGCCGGGGUGGGUGGGGAGCAGAGGGACUCGUGUAAACGGAGAGCCUCCGUUCUAGGUAGGACGGUCCGGCCUCUUUGGCCCUGCCCUCGGGGCCUAUAUAAGAAGCGGCUGCCUUAACACCUGCCUAGAGGAGAGCGGCCACAUCUUCAGCACUCGUCUUGGGGGACGGGGAAUAACGUAGAUCAACUCUCUCUGUCUCUCUGCCUCGCUCUCUCGCUGUCUCUCUGUCUCUCUCUCCUCCCCCCCCCCCGUCAUCAUCAUCUUCAGCCAGAUAACGGGGACAGAACUGGAAAGAGCUGGAAGAGACAGAGGUGGGAGACGCGAUGACUUCAAGCAAAAUUGAGAUGCCUGCUGGAAUGAAGGCGGAUCCGGCGGCUCUGAUGGCUUCUCUGCACUUGCUGCCCUCGCCCACCCUCAACCUGGAAAUUAAGUACACCAAAAUCUUUAUCAAUAACGAGUGGCAAAACUCUGAGAGUGGGAAAAUAUUCCCUGUAUUUAAUCCUGCAACAGGAGAACAGAUCUGUGAUGUGCAAGAAGCUGACAAGGUUGAUACAGACAAAGCGGUGCAGGCUGCUCGGCUGGCCUUUUCCUUGGGCUCAGUAUGGCGGAGGAUGGAUGCCUCUGAGCGAGGACACCUCUUGGAAAAGCUGGCCGAUCUGGUGGAGAGAGACCGGGCCCUCCUCGCCACCAUGGAGUCGCUGAACAGUGGGAAGCCAUUCCUCCAGGCCUUCUACGUUGACCUUCACGGCGUGAUCAAGACCUUGCGGUAUUUCGCCGGUUGGGCAGACAAGAUUCAUGGGUUGACCAUCCCAGUGGACGGAGAUUAUUUCACCUUUACGAGGCAUGAGCCCAUCGGCGUGUGUGGACAGAUCAUCCCGUGGAACUUUCCCCUCCUGAUGUUUGCAUGGAAGAUUGCACCGGCCCUUUGCUGUGGCAACACCGUGGUCCUCAAGCCGGCCGAGCAAACCCCGCUCACCGCCCUCCACCUGGGCGCCCUCAUCAAGGAGGCGGGGUUUCCUCCAGGUGUGGUCAACAUUUUGCCUGGAUUUGGACCCACUGUGGGGGCAGCAAUUGCUUCGCACACAGGGAUUGAUAAAAUCGCCUUCACAGGUUCCACAGAGGUUGGAAAGCUAGUUCAAGAAGCAGCCGGCAGGAGCAACUUGAAGCGGGUGACGCUGGAACUCGGGGGGAAGAGCCCCAACAUUAUCUUUGCGGACGCAGAUUUGGAGCAUGCGGUGGAGCAGGCCCACCAGGGGGUCUUUUUCAACCAAGGCCAGUGCUGCACGGCUGGCUCCCGCAUCUAUGUGGAGGAGACCAUCUACGAGGAGUUUGUCCGGAGGAGCGUGGAACGGGCCAAGAGGAGAGUUGUGGGCAGCCCCCUUGACCCCACCACCGAGCAAGGACCACAGAUCGACAAGAAGCAGUACAACAAGGUCCUGGAGCUGAUCCAGAGUGGUGUGGCUGAAGGGGCCAGGCUGGAGUGUGGGGGCAAAGGAUUUGGGCGCAAGGGCUUCUUCAUCGAACCCACCGUUUUCUCCAACGUGACUGAUGAUAUGCGUAUCGCCAGGGAAGAGAUAUUUGGGCCUGUGCAAGAAAUCCUGCGGUUCAAAACCAUGGAGGAAGUGAUCGAGAGAGCCAACAAUUCCGACUUCGGGCUGGUGGCCGCUGUCUUCACCAGCGACAUCAACAAGGCGCUGACUGUCUCCUCUGCCAUGCAGGCAGGAACCGUCUGGGUCAACUGCUAUAAUGCCUUAAAUGCCCAGAGUCCUUUCGGAGGUUUCAAGAUGUCCGGCAACGGAAGAGAAAUGGGAGAAUGCGGCUUGCGAGAAUACUCCGAAAUAAAGACGGUGACCAUAAAGAUUCCUCAGAAGAACUCCUAAGAGGAGGGGGCUCCACAGCACCAGACGCGCCUCUAUCUUUCUCUAGAGGGACUGAGCACUCAGGAAUUUUUAAAAAGUGACACUAUUUGUUUUUUUU